GAGGCUGUUAUUGGUGUUUUGGACUUAAUUGGCUGGGCUAGGCAGACCGCAGGAUCGGUCAGCACUCUAGUCUGCUCGUACGGGUUUCGUGUCACUGUUCCAACCGAUAAUUCGCUCUCCCUAAUUGGCGGUUCUAUCGAGUCACAUAUCAACUACCCAUCCACUUGGCCACAAGAUAUAACAAAUUGGCGACGGGGAUUUCGGUAAAAAAAAUGUCAAUUUCUCAAGAACAGUUGCAGUUAAUAAUAAAGCAGCAUCAGCAGAUAUUAAGCUUCCAGCAGAAACUAAUUGAAACAUUUUUGGACAAAUUUUUCACUAAACGAGACGUUUCAGAAAAUAAAGAAAUUAUUUAUAAUGCAGAUAAUGGUGCGGAAAUGGCCGUCUCAGAAGAACGCUAUGUUGAGGGUUCAAUUCCCUUUAUAUCUCACGGAAAAUGCAAAAUUGGUAAGUUGGCCGGUUCAGAGCAAGACAAUAUCUUGCCUAAUGCGCAUGAAAGUGUAACAGUAUCAGAUGAGCAAGAAAAAGAAGGUUCCGCAGACAACCCCAGGAGUCCAGAAUCAAAUGAAACACCAUUAAAUCCGCCCAUCUCUGAAGACAAACUCAAGUCAGAACAGAACUACAGUUUGCGUGAUGUUGGCCAAGAAAACUGGAAGAACGCAUGUCCAGAAAAUAACUGGAACAGUACAGUUAACCAAAUUGUACCAAAUUUGAUUCGAAAUCAUGGGGAGACAGAAGUUUAUAAUAUGGGUUCGCGUAAUGAUGCCCAUAAUUCUGAUGAAAUUUCGUAUAAAGUUGAGAAAAAUAAGUCGGUCGAAUCAGAUGGUGAUCAAAAAUCUAAUGCAAUUUUAUUAGAUGCCGAUUCUCCUAGUUAUCUAAUAUCCUCUAGUGAAAAUUUUAAUGAAUUUGAUGGAGAUAUUUCAGAAAAGCCGAAUUCCAAUAACCUAAAAUCAAAUAUUGUCCAUCAUCAUCUAUUCAUUUCUAGUAGAUUCUGCGUUCAAUACGAGAAAUAUGUCCUAAAUAAAGUCAUACUAAUUGUAUUUUGGAGAUAUGAGGAUCCAACAUUAUUUCGUGGGGGAGGAAAUGUUGGAGAAUUUCAACUUACAGAUAAUUUUUUUUUAAAUCAGAAGCUAAUCUUCGAAUCUUCAAAAAAGGGGAGGUGUUAUAUCCCCUGGUGAAUUAUGAAUGGUAACUCCAAGGUCUAUUUAUCGACCAAUGUAUUAUGCGUAUUGUACAAUUGUUACGUAACUAAACGAUUCAUAUUUGUGUUUCUCUUAUCAUGAGCUUUAUUUUGAUCUUUGAUUUAUUAUCAUACGAUUGUUGAGUUAUACUCAGUUAUUGAUUACUUUGGUUUGUAUAAAAACCCAUUAUGUUUGUAAAUAAUGAUUCAUACCACUGAG